CGCAACUAUGCUUUUCUGUUCUACCACGCAUAUAGAGUAGGCUGACCUACGAAAGUUGAAGAUAGCAUACAGAAUAAAGGCAUGUGCACAAGCGGGGCCGCAAACGCGGCCCCUGAAAGCAAGGCGAAUACCUGUAACAACAGAAACCACAGGGCAACAGUCAUAGCUAAAUAUGCAAAGGCUGGGGUAACCGCGUUUGUGGCCCUACAGCUUGGGCUUGCAGCCGUUAGGUUUGUACGGAGGAAGCUCGGAGCCAAGCACAACCCGAGGACACCCUCAUCGUCGCCACAAGGCCAGAGCUUUGGGCAGGACAGGACGAACGCAGCUCAGCAAGCGAACCUGCCCUCAGAAGACGCCUGGACCCUCGUCGAUGCACCCGCACCCAGCACACCAGAGGGCUACAAGCCCAUGGUCAACACCGUACUGCCGUGCAGUCCGCAGCAACUGUACAACAUCUUGUUUUCCAGCUCCGGAACCGAGUUGUAUGUACGGCAGCAUAAGGAAGUCGGGAAGCACUGGGACGUCGCACUCACGGGGUGGCGUCGCGCUCCGGCGGCAGGUGGUGCGGGUGCGGAGGGAGCGGAUGGGAGCCUGCUGGGCCCUACGAGCGUGUUCGAGUAUGUGGUGGGGCAGCCGGGCUCAGGCGGUUACACGCGGCUGCUCACCUUUUGGAACCCCAAGAAGCCGCCCAACACAGCCGACACACGCUGCGUCCAGCGGCAGCAGCUGUGUGUGUACCGCGGCGGGGAACUGCUGUUCGCCACCGCCAUGAACAUGCUGGACAUCCCCUUCAGGGAUUGCUUCACAGUCAACACCUUCUGGCGGGUGGCGCCGGGUACCUCGCCGGGGAGCUGCUCCGUGAGCAUCCACCUCAAGGUCAACUUUCUUAAGCGCGCCUUCGGAGUGGGCGGCAUCAUCUCCGCCACCACCUCCUCAGAGACCUCCGCCUUCUUCAACGCUUUCAUCGCCAACGUGGAGCGCUACAUCCGCACACAGCAGCAAGAGCAACAGCAGGCCCCGCCUCCCCGCUCACGCCUGCAGCUGACGCCAUCGUCAUCACCAUCACCAGCCUCCGCCAGUGCUGCUGCUGCUGCGGGCGUUCCAAAGGAUGUGGGUGUCCUAGGCGGCGGUGGCGGUGGCGGCGGUGGUGCUGCUGCGCCGUUGCGGGAGACCCUGCCUGCCUGGAAGCAGAUCCGCGCGUUGCUGGUCUUCGCCCUGUUGUGCUACAUGUUGCUGACUCAGCUGCACCAAGGGCAGCAGCUGGCGGCCCUGCGUGCUCGUACGGCAUCGCUGUACGGCGACAGCGGUGUUGAUGACGCUGCCGCCACCACCACCACCGUCGCUAGCGCUGUCUACGGAGGCAGCGUUGCUGCGGCUGCAACCCAGCUGCUGGCGGCGGCGGUGGGUCGGGUGGCUGCGGCGACGGUCGGUCUGCACGGGCUGCUGCUGGAGCUUGGGGAGCGGGUGGGCGGGCACACGGCGGGGAGGGCGGUGCAGGAGGCAGCGACAGCAGCGGCGGCAGCAGCAGCGGCUGAGGCCGUGUAACGUGACCGGUGGAGCAGUGGGUGGUACAGCAGUGGAUCGCGUGGUUGGAAAUACGGGAGCGUUGUUGUUUUACCGAGUAGUAAACGAGAGUCGAGAGAGAGAGGGCGGGAUAAGGCGGCUUUUCUGAUUUCAAGUUGUGUCCCGAGUGCGGCUUGGUUAUGUAGGGUGGAGAGAGGGUAGGAGGGGGGCAGGAGUGAAGACCUGAACGGGAACCUGUUAGGCAUGGCGCAUGGGUACGGGGCGCCCAGUCCGACCUAAGCCCUAGAAGGAGAGUUGCAGUUCGUGUAGGAGGGUAGACAGUUAGAUCCAGCCCCGUGAAAAGGUAGUGUUAGAAGAGGUGGCGGUGCAGAGAGAGGUAGCAUGGCGAGAGGAAAGGCCCAUCAUGAGGGUGGCUUGAGCAGUAUUAGCGUAGCGCAUUUGCACAUGCCAUGUGGUGCGCUUAUGCAUGCACGUACAGUAAAAGACACCCAGGACUGAGGGGUGACCUGCAAUGGUGCGAUGCAGUGAUAGGGUUAAGCCAUAAGCAGUUGCGCAUGUGUGGAACAGGGUUUUGAGAGGGGCUCCUAGCGCAAUUCAAAUACAGCGCCCAUCACUGGGAGCGUUCCUAUCGACAUACGCCACUUGCCGGCUGCCUACCAUCCCAACUGAAAGGCUGAUUUUUAGGGCCGCUAUGCUGGUGGAAUGUCUGUACAAUGGCCUACUGCAUGUCUGAACAUUUACAGAUACCUAUCUGCGGGGUUUGGCCUUAUGGCUCCCUUUGCUUGACGGGUAGUUUCUGGUUGGACGAGCACCGAAAGGCUAUCGGCAAUAAGCCAUGAUACCUGCAGAUGCACUCGUCUUGACCGCGAGAAAUCGAAUAGUAUGUGCAGCUUCUCCACUACUCAAGCUAUAAGUUGAUACAUGAUAGCAGCAAACGCAACAAGCGUAACCUGUUGCCCCGCUUUGACAUAGCUGUCAUUACACCAUACAGUAAGUUGCUAUGGCUACCAUAGGGGCUCCUCGGCUGCGGCAACGUCCCUUUCAGGCAGUAUGCUUACCGCCCAUCCUCGUGCUGUCGCAUAUGGGUCCUCGCAAGUUUGCGCGGCCGACGCAGCUCGUCGACGCAUCCCAACUCGCGGACGACAGCUCGCUGUGCGAGCCGUGGCCAUGGUCAACGUGGAUUUUGCCAGUCCUUCGCUCUUGCUUGGAACGGCAUUAAUAGGCUGUGGCGUGCUGCUCUUAAACCUUCGAAACUUCCAAAACAAGGUGUCACGCGACGCCGACAUCGUGGUUGCGGCAAUGGUCAGCAUCGUGGGUAGCACGCUUAUUUUCCAGGGCUGGCGCCUCGACCCCCUCCUCCUGCUGUGCCAGGCGUUGACCACGUCGGUCGCGUUCUGGUACGGCCUAGAAACGUUCCGGCUCCGGUCAAAGGAAGCGGACAUGGCACCGCCACCACUCCUGCCGGGCCCUGGAGCCGACCCCUCCUCACUGGAUGCCGCCCAGCAGCAAUACUACUACCAACAGCAGCAGCAACAACAGCCGGGCGCUGGGGGCUAUCCGCCGCCACCUCCGGGGUCGUCCUUCCUACCACCCGGUGCGGAUUCGUACUACCCCUGGAGAGGCGAUGGUACGUCAGAAGCGUCCGUAUCUGGCCAAGCAGGAGUAGGAGGGCUGUACGGCAGCAGCGGUGGCAGCGCCGCGGGAGGCCCAGGCGGCAAUCCGUACGCGGAGACAAUCCAGUACGACUAUUACGGAAAUCCGGUUCUUCCGCAGCAGUCACAGCAAGAACAGCAGCCGCUGUACGACAGUUCUGGGUACGACGCAUCAACGUCGUACGGGAGCGCGUCGCCGUACGGUAUGCCACCGGUAGGGGACAACGGCUCGUUGAUGUACGGACAGCAGCUGUCGGACGCUGCUCCCGGGGGCCCUGCAGCAGGAACCAUGGGGCAGUACCCGGGAGGGGAGCCCUACUCAAAUAGCGUCGGUCCGGGGCCGGCCUCUCCCUCUGGACUGUGGGAUGCUACGGCAAGCAGUAGCAGCAGCAACAGCGGCAGCACCAGUGAGGCUUACGGCGGAUUAGGUCAGUACGGCAAUGCCUGGCAGUACGGCAGCGGGGCGGCAGCGGAGGCGGGGUCGGUAGGCGGCGUGUACGGGGCAGGAGCAGCGCCUGCUUCCCCUCCUUGGGGCAAUGCCGGUGGACAGUCCCCGGGGCAAUCUGGGUUAGCGGGCCCUGGGGCAGGUAGCGCCAACGGUGUGGGUCGGGGCGGUGUGGCGGGUCGCCUGGAUUUGCAUGAGGAGGUGGAUGACUGGGAGUGAGUUGUAGCUGAGGGUGGUUGCGAGGGACGUAUAGAUCAGUAGGGGGAGGGUAGGCGAAGGGUCGGAGAGGGAGUGGAGGGAGCAUAGCGCGUGGGACAAUGAAAGGAAGUGAGCAACAAGCGGGAGAGUGCAGGUAGUGUAGGAGUCUGUAAUGGAAGUAGCUGUUGGAGGGUGUUGGGGGGCUUUCACAACCUACACAAGUUGCAUGGAGCGCAUCUUGAAGUAACAAGGGCGAUUUCACGGUUGCCGUACUGUGACGUGGGAACCAGCACCGGCAGUCCUUGUCCUCGCAUGCAUGGCAGUCUUGGCUUAAAUGCAAAACAUCGGGUUGCAUUCCUCAUGGACCAUGGGGCGUCAACUGCAAAGCUGAAGCAAAGCUUUCAUGGCCCAAGGCAACAAAUGCCAUAGUCCAGACUUAAACAGAGAGCAAGAGAGGCAUGGGGCUUUGGUGUGUGCCCUUGAUUGCUAUGUAGGAUAGCUUUGUUGGCCUUGAUUUCAGCAUGCGUUGGUGGUACUGGAUGUAUAUCCGCGUGGUAGUCGGAUGUCCAGGGUGCGUGUCGCGGUUUCUUCUUGGUCGCAACUCGCAUGUCCAAGCCACAUGCGGGAGGCCGACAUGGCGGCAAGCAGGCACCGACCAGUGUACCUGAUGAGCUGAUGGUUGCUGCGGGAAUGGUUCUAGAGGCACUGCACAGGCGCUUACGCCUUUGGCGCUGCCCUUGGCAUUUCCCGUCUGGCUUGCCCCGUCUUCUCGGCAGGUUGAGGGGCGUACAUGAACAGUUGCAUUACCGGUAUAACCUUUAG